GGGCUCCGGGGGACUGUGUGUUGCGGUGGUUGCUAGGAUAGAAGGUCCGCGAGUGGAAGCUCCUGCAGAGGAUUGGAGUAGUGCAGGUAGUUAAACCCAAAGAAAUAUCAGGCUCACAACUGUAGUAAAACAAUGAUGCCUUCUUCUAUGCUACCAGCCCAAGGAGAUGACCUGGAUUCCUGUAUAUUGAGAUUUCCAGACCUGGAUUUGAAAGACACAAACCUUGUUUCUCCCAGCAGUAGUCUCAGAGCAGAAUUAGAUGCUAAUAUGAGGAAGAAGUAUGCACACGCAAAGAAAAAGGCAUUUGCCCUUUUGGUCAAAACAAAGGAAAUUCCAGAACCUACCAGCUGCUCUUCAUCUCUCUGCAAAGGAGUGUGGUGGACAUGCUGCCAGCAGGUCUUCAAAGACCAAAUUGGCAUCCACAGACAUACAGCUGCACAGCAUGCAGGAGAUGUUUAUCAUCAGACCUCUUCUGUUUUAAAGCAACUGGCUGCUGAGGCUGGGACCCCCAAGCCCUGUGUGUCUGCAGACAAGCCGAAUGGAUUAAAUGGGCCUAGUACGUCUAACCAUCAAGUGUCUGUUGACUUUCCAGACACAAGCCGCUUUAAACUUGAUGAACUAAUGAGUGCACAGGAUAGCAAUCAAGGAGUAGUACUACUAUAUUAUUGUUACUGUGACGUAGAGGAUCCAGAAUGGCUUUGUGCUUGGCAGAAAGCUUUGUGCCAACAUCUGCACCUCACAGGAAAGGUUCGAAUUGCUACAGAAGGAAUCAAUGGAACAGUGGGUGGGAGCAGAUUAGCAACUGAUCUUUAUAUGGAAGCAAUGCUUUCUCAUCCUUUGUUUAAGAAUAUCUUAUGUAAGGAAGAUUUUAAGACCAGCAAAGGAGGAGCUUACUGUUUUCCAGGACUUCGUGUUGGUGUAUAUGAAGAAAUCGUGCCCAUGGGAAUCAAUCCCAAUGUGAUCUCCUACAAAAAACCCGGAAUCCAUUUAUCCCCUGGUGAAUUUCAUAAAGAAGUUGAAAAUUAUUUAUAUCAGGGUAAUCAAGAGCAAAAUGACACUAUUCUGCUGGACUGCAGGAACUUUUAUGAAAGUAAAAUAGGCCGUUUCCAGAAGUGCCUGGCACCAGACAUCAGGAAAUUCAGUUAUUUUCCCAGUUAUGUGGACAAAAACCUGAAACUUUUUAAGGACAAGCGUGUGCUAAUGUACUGUACUGGGGGCAUUCGUUGUGAAAGGGGUUCAGCCUACCUUAAAGCUAAGGGAGUAUGCAAAGAAGUAUACCAGCUGAAGGGUGGCAUCCACAAGUACCUGGAAGAGUUUCCUGAUGGUUUUUAUAGAGGGAAAUUAUUUGUUUUUGAUGAACGCUAUGCUCUCUCUUACAACAAUGACAUUGUUUCAGAAUGUACCUAUUGUGGAGCCCAGUGGGACCAGUAUAAACUAUGUUCCACCUUGCAUUGCCGUCAACUUGUCUUGUCCUGUUCAGAAUGCCAAGAGAAAGGGUUUACAGCAUGUUGUCUCACUUGCCAGGGUAAAGGAGCCAAGCUAAUUUCAAGUCCCACUGAGAAGAGUUUUAAAGAAGAAUGUGAUUGUACACUGAAAAGGCCCCGUAUACCAAUUGAACUUUCACAGUAAUCAGGACUUAAUGGAUGGUGUAAAUAGGCAAGCUACCAACUUUAAUGCAGUUAUGCCACUGCUUAUGUUAAGCAUAUCAUCAACAUUUUCCUUAUGUGGUUCACAGUGUCAAUUAUGAGGGUCAGGGUUAUAGACCCACCUCUAGGAGAAGGUCAUGAAGGGACAUUUGUGUAUGUACAGUAGGCUAUAUUAGACACAACAAGAGAGUUGUGUCCCACUUGCCACUUAUAUCACAUCAUCUUUGGAUUGGAUUUAAGACUGGUGGGAAUGAGGGAGCAAUGCUGAUAUAAUUAGGCUAAGGUCUUACUUGACAGUUCGGAGACAGAAAGGGCUGAAAUUGGUGUGUGGGAAACAUAGUGAUAAUACUUGGCCACUUUGAGGUGAAGCACAUCAGGAGCGUGUCCUUGACAAUCCUGCAGUAGAGGAAUGUGCUUUGUCCAUAGAGCUGAAAGUACACAAUAUAUAAGCCUGUAUUGUUACUCUCUUAAAAUUAUAGCAAAGUCAAUGUGUAAUUUCAAUCUUAUGAACUUAAUGAACAAUAACAAAUAUUUAUUUAAAGAAGUCUAAGAAAUGUUUAGAUGCUUACAGUUGCCAUUUUAGGUUUCACAAACUAGAGCUGUGAGAAUGUCCUACAAGUAUGUCAUUAUGUAUAGGCAGGGCCUAAGAUUUAAGAUUUUGUUCCCUUCAUUUGCGAUUUGAGGUCUCAAACUACCACUUUGAGAACGUUCGGUCAGUACAUCAACUUUGGCUUUUUACAUUGAAUCCUUGCUAACCUGAUAGCUUGGUAGUAAAGAAAAGAGAGAAGGUAAAACAAAUACUUCUGCUGAUGUUACUGUCAUCACUGCUGUUAGCUUUUUAGAAAUAAGAAAUCUUUGGGAUCUGGCCUGCAAAUUCCAUUCUUCUUAGUCAUUUCUUCUUUUCCCGCAAGCUCCCAAAUAUUUCCUCUACUUUGUAGAAACAUCUCAAGAGAGAAAGCCAUGAUGGAACUACUGUAGCAUGAGAUGGGGGGGGGGAGAAGGUAGUUCUCUGACCACACAAAGCUUUCCUCAAACUGUAGUGUACUGUGUAAUCUCUACAGCCUGAGGGCAGUUCCUUGGGCUCAAGAGGUUUGCCUGUUUUCUACCUGGAAAAUAAGGCAGGGUUCAAAUCACUGACACUAGCAUUAUGAGUUUGAUAUUUAACUCUUUCCUGGGCUCUGUGUUUCUCCUCAGCAACUCUUAGAAUAUUCUACUCGUAAUGAAUGUACAGCAGUGGGCAUAUAAGAUUUGAUUUACAUUAUUUCAUAGUAUUUUCAGGAACAUAUCUGUUAUAUUAACUUUAAUUGCUAUUGAAAUGCACUUGCAAAAUCGUCUUCAAUUAGUAAUUCCUGACAUAUUCAUUACUGUAAAUUUUGGAAAAUUUAUAGGUAAGAAAAGGAAUAAGUGCCCUAUUCUACUGUAACAGGAAAAUUGCCAUGUGACUAAGUCUUUUCAUGCCCAAGCAACACCUUGAGGGAUUAAUUUCCAUUUUAUUAGUUCUGCUGCAGUAAGCCUAAAUCAUAUAAAACUAAAUAAUUUGCAUUAAUAUAAAGUUCAGUAUUAUCUUAGAAUCUCAAACCAUGGCAUGCACAUAGUUGGUACUCACUAAAUGAAUUGAUAGUAAGUAACAGAAGGAGUUAACCAUUUGGAACCCAUUGCCUCCAGCCAGAAUACAAAGGCUGCUUUUCAAGGACUGAAAUAAGAAAUAUACUUAGGAAUAUCAUUUGGUCAUUUUAAUAUUGAAAUGCCACCCUGCUUGAAGUAAGUAGUGGCACAUGGCCUUCAGUGAAGAAGGUCAGUUCUGGGGCAGCUAGGUGGCACAGUGGAUAGAGCACCAGCCCUGAAGUCAGGAGGACCUGAGUUCAAAUCCGGCCU